AUGAUGGGUGGAAGUGCAAUAGAUGAUGAUUGGGAGCUUGCUUCCCCAUCCAACGGGGUUCGGACAGUUGUUUUAGUUGGACGCACUGGCAAUGGAAAAAGUGCAACUGGUAACAGUAUUCUUGGAAAAAAGGCCUUCAAGUCAAGGGCCAGUUCAUCUGGUGUUACCAGCACUUGUGAAUUGCAGAGAACUGUAUUGGGAGAUGGUCAAAUUAUCAAUGUCAUUGAUACUCCUGGACUCUUUGAUUUUUCUUCUGGAUCUGAAUUUGUUGGCAGAGAAAUUGUCAAAUGUAUUAAUAUGGCAAAGGAUGGGAUCCAUGCAGUCCUUGUAGUUUUCUCAGUUAGGACCCGCUUUUCACAAGAAGAAGAAGCAGCCCUUCGCAGCUUGCAAACUUUGUUUGGACGUAAGAUACUUGACUAUAUGAUUGUAGUCUUCACUGGGGGAGAUGAGCUUGAAGAUAAUGAUGAGACCUUAGAAGAUUAUUUGGGUCGCGAGUGUCCACAACCUUUAAAGGAAGUUCUCAUGCUGUGUGAGAAUCGACAAGUUCUUUUUGACAACAAAACUAAAGAUUUACUCAAGAGAGCUGAGCAGGUGCAGGAGCUUCUUUCCCUUGUAAACAGGGUCAUAGAACAAAAUGGUGGGCAUCCAUACAGUGAUGAAUUAUUUGCUGAAAUACAGAAAGGGGAAAUGAACUUCCGUGAUCAACAAGAAGAGGUUGAUUCCUUGAAAGGGAAUGUUUCUAUACGAGAAAUAUCAGAUUUUCAGGAGCAGAUGCAAAGGCAAUAUGAAGAGCAGUUGAAACGAGUAACUGAGAUGGUUGAGUUGAAGCUUAAAGAGGCAACUGGUAAUCUUGAGCGGAGGUUGGCAGAGGAGCAAGCUGCACGACUACGGGCAGAACAGACUGCACAAUCAGCGCAAAGGAAAUCAAAUGAAGAAAUUCGCAUGCUUAGAGAGAGUCUAGAGAAAGCUCAUGAGGAGCUCCGUAAGAAGGGAGGGUGUGCCAUUCUAUGA